UAUUUACUUCUCAAACGCAAAUUGAAAAAUCAAGCCCAGUGGCUGCAGCGGCAGCAGUGGCCAUGGACGAGAGGCUCGCCCAGCCGCCGCCGCCGCCGCAAUUCCAGCUCGGGAACCCCAUGUCCGGCCCGGCAUCGCCCUACUCCGCGCUCCACCCUCUCCUCCUCCCGUCCACGAACCCGCACCUCCUCCUCAAGCCCAAGACGCUGACCCUCUCGCUCUCCUCCUCCUCCCUCGCCUCGAUGCCCUCCUCCUCCUCCCCGCCCGCCCCCGCCUCCGACGCAUGGGAACUCGUCCACCCAACCGUCCCCGUUGCCGCCGCUUCCCCCAUAGACGGCGGCCUCGACGACUGCGCCAUCUUCCCACCGCGCCUUCACGAGGGCCUGGGGCUCGAGGCGGAGGCCGAGGAGGCCGCGACCAAGGAAGAGAAGGAGGAGGAGACUGAUGACGAGGUGGAGUGGCUGUGGGGGUGGGGGAGAUGCCGCGCGGCGGCGACGCGCGCGUGGGCGGCCGGGUCAGGGGCCGUGCUCGUGCAUGGAGAGUGCGGAUGUCCCGGGGUGAGGCCGGCCGUCUGGUCGGCCGCGGCGGCGGCCGUUGUGGUUGGCGCGCUGUUGUACGUGCGCCGGCGAGACAGGAGGGAGAGGGACCUCCUCGUCAUGCUCUCGCAGGAGAAGGAUAAGAGGAUAGCACAACUUCUGCAUCAAAUUGCUUUACUGAGUGACAUCAGAGGCGGCAGCGAAGCAAUUAAAAUUAUGAGGAACUCUUAACCGUUGCUUCACUGUAGAUGAGGUUUGGUUGUAAUACUGUGUAGCACUUUGGGUAGGUAGUUGCAGAAUGUUUUCAUCCGGAAGUGCUCCAGGACCAUGUAGCUUGAUCGAGUAAUUAUAGCUCAGUUGCAUGAUCUUGCAUAUAUCUGAUGUUUGUGUAAUUGCAAAACAUCAGCUCUGGAAUCACCCCCCCCACCCCCCCCUGUUGUUAAGAUUUGUAAAUAUAUGAGUGAUAACAUUAUCAGUUAUAAAUUUGUGGAAAAGAUCUUCAAAUUA